AUUAGAACUAGACCAGGUUCAAGGUCUACGCUUUAAAGGUUGAUCCCAACACUUUGUUCGAUCUCUUUUCAAGUUUAGAUUUCCAGGGAAGAGCAAGAAACUCAAGCAGCUGCAAAAAUGAAAGAUAAAAAGAACGGAGAUGAGGAAAAAACAAAAUCAAAGCCCACCUGUUUAGGAUUUCCCAUCAGCAUCUUCUUCAUCGUGGUCAAUGAAUUCUGCGAAAGGUUCUCCUACUAUGGAAUGCGAGCUGUGCUUGUCCUUUAUUUGCGUUACUUUCUGCGCUGGAGUGAGGAUUUCUCAACUGCCAUUUAUCAUGCCUUUGUUGCUCUAUGUUACUUAACACCAAUCCUUGGAGCAAUCAUCGCUGACUCCUGGUUAGGAAAAUUCAAGACCAUCAUCUACCUGUCCAUUGUCUACACAAUUGGGCAACUGGUGAUAUCUAUCAGCAGCAUUGCAGAUAUUACUGAUAGUAACAACGAUGGUCAUCCAGAUGAUCCAGCUGUUCAUAUAGCUUUGGCAAUGAUUGGUCUGAUUCUUAUUGCUCUGGGCACUGGCGGUAUCAAACCUUGUGUGUCAGCAUUUGGUGGUGACCAAUUUGAGGAACACCAGGAAAGUCAAAGGGGAAGGUUCUUCUCAAUUUUCUAUUUAUCAAUCAAUGCUGGAAGUCUCAUUUCUACCGUUAUUACGCCCAUCCUGAGAGGGCAAAACUGUGGUCGUGUCCCCCAGGCGUGUUAUCCGCUUGCCUUUGGAGUGCCAGCAGCCCUGAUGGCAGUUGCUUUGAUUGUAUUCAUAGGAGGGAGUUCUUUGUACAAGAAAUCUACACCCCAGGGGAAUAUUAUGCUUAAAGUUUCCAAGUGCAUCUGGUUUGCUCUAAAGAACAGAUUCAGGCAUCGUAGCAAGCGAUACCCCAAACGAGAGCACUUUAUGGACUGGGCUACAGAGAAAUAUGAUGAACAUUUGAUUGCUGAGGUCAAGAUGGUGCUGAGAGUUCUGUUUCUGUAUCUUCCAUUGCCUAUGUUCUGGGCUUUAUUUGACCAACAGGGCUCAAGGUGGACCUUUCAAGCUACCAGAAUGGAUGGAAAUUUCGGAGGCAUUGACAUCCAACCUGAUCAGAUGCAGACAGUCAACCCAAUCCUCAUUCUGAUCUUGGUUCCAGUUGUCGAUGGUAUUGUUUAUCCCUUGAUUGCUAAAUGUAACUUCGACUUUACGCCCCUGAGAAGGAUGACCGUUGGAAUGUUUCUUGCAGCUUUAGCAUUUGUUGCUGCUGCCUUGGUGCAAAUUCAAAUUGAUAAAACACUUCCAAUCUUCCCUGCUGCUGAUCAAAGUCAAAUUAAAGUCAUCAACGUUGGUAGUUUGUCUGUCAAUGCAACACUAAAUGGAGUUUCCAACUCCUACUCACUGGAAUCAUCAGAGGCAACUGACUACGUUAUUUUUCCAACAAGUAACAUCAAAAAUGUCACCAUUUCCUAUGGAGACGGGUCUGAAACAUUUUCCCCCGAACUUCGGAAUGGAACACGUCUCACACUCCUAGUAACAAACUUUCCGAAACCUAACGUGAUAGCGCUUGAUGAUUAUGAACAGAAACCAGAAGAAGGAAAAAAUGCAAUCAGAUUUGCAACGGCAUUAUCUUAUGUUGCCAACAUCACAGUGGAUGGUACAGAUUUUGGAGAUUUGAAUGGAUUAUCAGUAACAAACUAUUCAUUGUUUACUAAAGGAAGGAAAAGAAUCUCAUACAUCAUUAAUGGAACGAAAUGUGAACAAACAUCAAAGGAAUUUGGUUUUGGAAGCUCUUUUACAAUCAUCAUUAAUGAAACAUGUUCCACAGGUAAUUUUAAACUAAAUUACAUUGAAGAAAUUGGACCAAACACUUUCCACAUGGCGUGGCAGAUUCCCCAAUACCUUCUCAUCACAAGUGGUGAAGUGGUUUUCUCCGUCACUGGUCUAGCGUUCUCCUAUUCACAGGCACCCUCCAACAUGAAAUCAGUACUCCAGGCUGGUUGGUUGUUGACUAAUGCAAUUGGUAACAUUAUCGUGUUAAUAGUAGCAGAAGCUUCAACUAUUGAGGAACAGUGGGCCGAGUAUAUCUUAUUUGCUGCAUUAUUGAUGGCUGUCUGCAUGAUAUUCGCUUUCAUGGCCUAUUUCUACACUUAUGUGGAUCCAGCUCAAGUAGAAGAAGAAAUAACAAAGAAGAAAGCUGAAGAACUAGAGAAAACGUCUAAUUGUGAACCUGAAACGUUUUCUAUGACUCAAUCAAACCUCUGAAAUGGAGCAAACAGAAUGUAUUAUAAAGUUCAGCCAGACAUAGUUUAA